GAAGGAAGCUUGCGGACCCCUCCUGCGCUGGGACUUGUGCUCCCUGCGUCUUCACUCUCGCGCUCCGCCAGGCCUGUGGCUGCAGAGCUUUUUAAUCUUCCCCCAGCCCAGAAACCAGCUGCCCGGCCCGCAAAGAGCACAAGUCAACUGAGAGGAUGUGGAAGGUGCCAGUUCUGCUCUUGGUUCUGGGAAGCGCCUGGCUCUGGGUCCUGGCAGAAGGAGCCAGCACAUUAGGGCCAGAAGAUAACAUUAUGACUCCAGGUGUGGAAGACGGCAUGGUGACUCCAGGUGGCAGUGAAGACUCUGAGUCUACUGGCUCGCCAGCUCUGGUGCCAAGAAGUACAAAGAGUACAGGUGGAGAUUUCGAGGAUCGGUCAACUCUAGGCAACACAGUCCAUACCCCAGGAGAAAGCCAGAGCACCAGAACGCCAAGUGUGCUAACUGGUCACCCCACGGAGAAAACGGAUGGAAACACAAAGGCAACAGUUGAGAAAGAUGGUUUGUCGACAGUGACUCUGGUUGGAAUCGUAGUUGGGGUCUUAGUAGCCAUUGGAUUCGUUGGUGGGAUCAUCAUGGUGGUCGUGCGAAAAAUGUCGGGAAGGUUCUCGCCCUAAAGAGCCAAAGAACUGUGCCCUUCUGCCAACAUGUUUAAAAAGAGUUUCCGAUUCCCCCGUCCCUGGGCAUGUGGGAGAAGAUGACCCAUGGAAAUGCUUGGCCACCCCACUCAAAAUCCAUGGUGAUCCCUCCGCUUGCCAAAAGUAACCGAAAGACAGAGAAUUCGCAAGACUUUCUCCUCUAAGCACUUGUCUUUUGAAAAUUUUUUUAAAUAUAGCUUUUGUAAAAGAUGAUUUAAAAAACAAAAUGUAUAUAAAAUAGAGCAAAACUGUGUAAACUGAUUUGUAAUUAAGAUGGACAAUAUAAUUCAAUCAAUGUUAGCAACUGUUAUCAUGACUUCGUACUGACCAUUCUCUGUUAUUGUUAAAAUGCAAAAGAAUCUGAAAAUAUUUAUACCAAUGGAGUCUUUGGGUCUACUGCUGUGUCAGUAAAUGGCAUGAGCAUUUUGCAAUUUCUGAUCUGUUAAAAUGGCCACGUUGCGGUCUAGCUGGGUCUAUUUUGAAAGCCCGAUUGAGUGUGAAUAAUCAAGUAGAAAAUUUAAACUUGAUAAUAUGUUAUGAGCAACUGUCUUUCAUUGGUCCAGAUAAGUCAUUUCAAAGGCAUCCAUUUUAGAUCAUAAACAGGAAUCCAUACUUUGGAGAAGGUGUUUUGUUUCUCACAACAAGGCCACUGGGCAGCCCCUAGUCUUGCUUUUCCGCCUUCUCCAGCAAUGACUCGACAACUCAAAGGUUCGCUCCCACCUGCCCCCUCUGCUCCUUCAGAUGUGGGGGAACCAGAGCUAAGGGGGCAGCCUUUUCUCUUUCCUAUGACGCAAGUCCUUCCGAUUGGCUGCUUUGUUCUGAAAUAUGGAGAUCUCAGCCCUGGAUGCUGAGGAGGCUGCUGGAGGCCCAGUGGUGCCAGAGACCCAGAGUCCCAGAACCAUGAAGCAUGAUGUUCCCCGAACAGAAAGAAGCCCUGUGUGUGCCUCUGGCCUGGGGAAUGGAAGCUGCCAGGUUUCUAACUUUCAUUUGCUACCUCAGAGGAAAGACAUGGGGAAGCAAAAAUAAUGUUGUAAAAUAUUAAGUUUUAAAAAGCAGCUGGAUUUGAAGACUUGAUUUAAAAGUGAAAGAUAUCCCCAGUCUUCAUGAGACACCACAGAUUUCUGUGGGGUCAUAAUUGAAAAGCUCAGAAUAAAGGGGCCCAAGCCGCCAUUCUGUCUUGGCCCCAUCCAGCUCAGUACAUUUCUUCCCAUAGUCAGUUGAAGUCUUUUUCCUAAACAAAAAGUUUUUAUACUGAGCAGAUGCUCUGUCAUGAUUGUGGUUGUGCAAUUCUGACAUCCUCUAAACAUGUACGAGUUCAUAAAUCAGGAAAAAGUAAAUGAUCAGUUGGAAAACACAGCCCAUUCCUCCCAUUUUUUGCAGUAAUAUGUGGAUGUUAUUUGAAACAGUGUGCCCUUCUGCUGCCCAAAUGCAGCUGGUCCGCCAGCCCAGGGUCCAUAUUCGAACAUCGACUGAUUGAGAGAAGGGCUUUAGAAGAACUUUAGGAGCUUAAAUAUCCUUCCGUUUCAUCGCUCAGAUUCCUGAACAGGAGUUGGGAAUGCUGUCCAUUUCAUCUUUUUAUCCUUUCCUUUUUUCUCUCACUGUGAAAAAUAGCAGUCGACCCCAAGUCGUACACUGGACCCAUGACCUGCUGGGACAGGACUGUGGGUUUCUUGGUCACAUCUGUGUUGGUGCUCAAUGCAGUGUGGACAUGUUUUAAAAUAAAACAGAUGAUUGCGCGUAA